AUGUCAUUCAUCACCUCUAUCCGUGCCUCCUCUCGCCAAGCUAUCCGAUCCAACUUCGCCGUGCCAGCUUCCACAUUCCACUACUCCGCAGUCCGGAGCUUGAAAGAGGAUGAUAGAAACCGCGAGGACCUCUCCAACUACUACGAAUCCAAGAAGCAAGAAGUCCUUAAGGAGAGCAAAUUGGGCAAGGGGAAGUGGACGGCUGAGCUGGCUAGUAACAGCGAAGCCGAUGUGAAGGCGGAUCGCGGCGAGUUAGAUGGUGAAGUCUCUUUCCAGGAGUUGCAGAAGAAAACGAAACAUGUUGAGGUCAAGGGCAACUAA